UAAUAUGAAAUGGAAUUUACAAUUCAAAUAUUUUCGCCUUCAUCUUAACUAAUCAACUAUUAUAAGCAAUAAGAAUGUCAGUAAAAUUCAAACGUUCAAAUCUAUUUUUUGCUUGAUUCUGGAGAUAAAAAUGUUAAUCGAAUCAUUUAUGUAUGACGUAAUACAGUUUCAGUGGUAGGGUGGUGUUAUUAAAAGUACGAGUAUCCAAAGGAGUAUUACAUCGUGAUCAUUACAGUACAGUGACAGACUUUUCGGGAUCUACUAUCGUGAAGACGCAUUAUUGCUCCAUCUUUGAUAAGGAAUACGCAGUGGAAGUAGCAACAGGAUUGAGAGUGUCAAGAUCACAAGUCUGAAACAUGGAUACAAUUAAUAAAGAAACGAGUGAAAAUGUGACCGAUGAAGGACUGAAUAAGAUAAUUUCUCUCGAGGAAUUCUACGCCGAUAGUCGGAUCCUUGUAACUGGAGCAACCGGAUUCGUAGGAUUAUGUCUUUUGGAAAAAUUGAUGCGCGUGUGUCCACGCGUCGCUGCUAUUUUUAUACUAAUUCGUUCAAAAAAUAACGAAAUGGUAGAACAACGAUUUAAGAAGCUCAUAGAUGAUCCCAUUUUCGAUGACAUCAAAGCAAAACACCCCUCAGCUUUGAGCAGAGUUUAUCCCAUGAAAGGUGACGUGAGUCUGCCGGAUUUAGGUCUUUCGCGAGAAGAUAGAAAUCUGUUGUUAGAGAAAGUAAACAUAGUGUUUCACGCCGCGGCCACUGUGAGAUUCAACGAGCCGUUACACGUGGCUGUUAAUGUGAAUACGAAGGGUACUCUUCGUGUCAUCGAGCUUUGGAACGAACUAAAGCAUCCGAUUAGCUUCGUUCACGUCAGCACAGCCUUUAGUAAUGCGAAUCUACAUGAGAUUGAGGAAAAAGUUUAUACUACGAACUUGAACCCUUCAGACGUGAUCGAUAUAUGUGACAAAUUCGACGAAACGUCGAUCAACCAAAUAGAAAAAAAGAUUUUAAAAACUUAUCCAAACACAUACACAUUCAGUAAGAAUUUAGCAGAGCAAAUUGUAGCAAGCAAGUGCAAAGAUCUGCCAGUUGCGAUAGUACGGCCAAGCGUAAUUGGUGCCUCUUUGGAAGAACCAUGUCCUGGUUGGAUACAGAAUAUUUCUGCAGUUACAGGUAUUUACAUAAAUCUUUUUCAGUGAUAAUUGUUCAAUACU